AUGAUCCACAUUGUGCGUAUUUUGUGUUCACUGAAGGUAGGUCUGCAGGAACUAGCAGACUUCUAUCAAGAUCUAGAACUUCCAUCAAAUUUUGAAGAGAAUGGAGGCCUUAGGCCAUUCAGCUUUCCUUACUUUAGAUCAUUCACCUAUAACAAUGAAGAAAUAUCAUUUCAAUAUAUUGAACAUAUAGAAGGUAAAGAGCUUCUUUUCAUGAUCAAAGAAAAUAAUGAAGAAA